GGUCAUGGUGCUUCGACCCGCCCUCGGCGAGCACCAAGUGCGGGAGAGUCAAUCCGUCAGAGUGGAAGUCGCGUAAGAAGCAUGGCGAUAUUGCUGUUGUCGUCGUCUCUCGCAAUUUCCCCAGGUUUCGUCGUAUGCGGCCUCGAGGUGGCUUGCUUUAAGAACACCUUGACAAUGUGCUAAUGCAGUCGCUGGUGGUCUUCCUCUUACGUUUCGUCACGCUUGUGCGGCAAGCAAGAAAGCGGUUGGUGAACCUGCGUGUUGUUCCUCCGGAAUCAAGGCUCUUGAGGGAGCCGCCUCCAGAUAUUUGAAUUCGUGCUUAUCGCUUUGAGCGCACAUCAUUCUCUGUUUCUCUGUUUGCGUCGUUGCAUACAGCGCUCGGCCGUUGCAGUGGUGGUGAGGAGGAGGAAGAGUAGGAGGAGGAGUAGGAGGAGGAGAAUUGAGUAGUUAGGUGGUCGUUCUUCUGUUCGGAGGGUCGCUCUCAGGGAGAGUUCAGUCAUGUCUGCGGUUUACCGUGAAAUUGAGUUCAACAUUUUCUCAGCUCAAGAUUUGCGAAAUGUGCGAAUCUUAGGAGGGAAAAUGAGCCCGUAUGUGGUGGCCUGGAUUCAUCCCGAUUUGAAGGCGUACAGCCCCGCCGACGUCAAAGGUGGCCCGAAUCCCAAAUGGAAUGCGGAUAUAGUUGUUUUUUGUGACGAGGCUUUACUGGACCGUCCUCAUGAUGCAGUUGUCAAUCUGGAGCUCCACGACGCUGGUGGCAGCUCGAACAGGCUUAUCGGUUCCGUUUCAUUCCCUUUGUCCGACCUGCCUGGAAAUAUUUUUAUGAACCACAAGGAACAUAGCGACCCAGUGUUCUUAAACUUGCCGGUACGAAGACCCUCUGGACGGGAACAAGGAGUGUUGAACUUCUCCAUGAGAUUAGGAGGAGUGUCACAGAAGUCACUCCCACCGGAAGCACGCUAUGAGGUUGGCCAGCAGCCUUUAAACAACGAAGGUAUGGACAACGGGCUCGGUUGUUGCGGCAUUCCUACACAUUUUUAUAAAGAACAGUAUGAUGUACAUCUUCAAGAUGGCAGAAAUGUAAUCGCACAUUGAUUAUGCGAACAGGAAUCUAUAGCCAUUCAAUGAAGUGUAAAAAUUCAUGUACAGAUUUAUUUUUCUCCAUGAGGGAAAUGUCAGCGUAGAUGCUCGUGAGAAAACGACUGUGCUCUUGAAAGGUAGCCUCUUUAUUUUCUAGUUAAGUAUGGUCAUAUUUACCGUUGGGACAUCACUUGCGACAUUUUCAAUGGAAUUGAUCUGGGUAGAGCAAUUCUCCAGAAGUCAUGAAUAUUGCUAAUGUACAUGAUGUUGACCAUCAACAUGAGUAACGAAAACGCUGUCAAAUUCGCAGCCGCAGCAAAUGCCAUUUAGCUAUUUCGCUA